AUGUUGAAGUGGAUUCAAGGCGGUAUCUCAGCAGUCACUGGUAUUGCAGAACCAGAAUAUGGUAAAGAGUAUAUUCAUCCUGUCGGAGAAAGAGUAGAAGGUAAACAACCCUUCCAUCAAACCACAACGGCAGAUUUUGAGUGGCGUAACCCUGGACACACGAACGUUGAAACUGUGACAUUCUACUUCUCUGAUCUAGAGAAGGGCUAUGUUGGCUUUGCUCAAGUGAUCCACUCUAGCAUUGUUGGUCUUCAUACCACGGCCCAAUUUACUUUUAAGGUCUACAACGUUAAUGACCCAGAUUUAAAUGUUUGGACAUCAACAAAGCUCGAAAACUUCCGUAUUGAAGGCUUUAACUUUUACGCUGAUGACUUGUCCAUUGAGAUGAAUGAAGAAGGUUCUCAAAUCAGGUUCAAGUCCGCUGUGAAUCCCGCCAGUCAAGUUGAUCUCACUUUUGACAGGGAAGCUCCUGGAGUAAAGCUUGGUGAAGAUCCAACCACGUACUACGGUGACGAUGUUGAAAAGCCAUGGGGUUCCAUGAGACAUGUUUUUUGGCCAAGGAACCUAUGCCAUGGUACUCUAACUCUAGCAUCAGAAGAUGAAGAGGAAAAGGAUACAGUAAUUACCUUUACAGAAGAAGUGCCAGCAUACUCUAUGUUUGUAAUGGCCCUGCAAGGAAUGAAGCCUCAUCAUGCUGCUAAAUCCUGGAACUUUUUGAACUUUCAGUCCAAGACGCACAGUGCAGUUCUAAUGCAAUUUACCACCCCAAAGUCAUAUGCUAAUACCGAAAUUUCAGUCGGUAUCAUUUGCAAAGGCGACGAAAUAGUAGCCGUAACUACAGAUAAUGUGGUGGAACACCUUAAUCCUGAAAUUGAUUCCGUUGGUUGGCCCAUUCCUAAAGAAAUAGAAAUUCGCUUUACUGGCAUACCAGCUGAUGUUAAAGAUGAAGAUGUCGAAAGUGCUCCUACUGUGACUGCUGUAGUUAAGGGUCCAUUGAAACAAUUGGUAGAAAGAGUGGACGUCAUGAGUGAAAUUCCAAAUUUCGUGAAAAACAUUGUCUCGGGUGUGGCUGGUACAAAGCCUUAUAUAUAUCAGUACGCCAAUGAUUUCACACUAAAGGUCAACGAUGAAGAUGUAGUUUCAGGUUUGGGGUGGUGUGAGGUAACUUUCAUUUCUGAGUCUGAAGAGGUCACGGAGGAGUCCUACAGUGAAAAGUAG